AUGAGCGUGCGCAAGGCGCAUAACUCCGGCCGAAACCACCUGAGAAACGUGGUGGACUACUACCAACAGAUUGGCCAAGAAAAGGCGCAGUCCGUCAUCGACUCCAUCACCUCCUCCUACGCCGCAGAGGGCCAACAAGCCCCCAACAUGAUGCCCCCCGGCGCUUUCCCGCCCCCCUUCGGAUUCCCGGGACACCCAGGCAUGCCAGGCAUGCCCCCUCCCCCAUUCGGCAUCCCUCCACCAGGCGCCCCCGGCGCCCCAGGCAUGCUACCUCCCCCAGGAGCCCACGGCCUUCCCUUCCCACCGCCAUUCCCUAACGCCGGAACCCCACCAACAGGCGGCUUCCCCCCUCCCCUCCCCAACAUGCCCCAGGGCGCAAACCUGCCGAUCCCGCCCCCAGGUGGCUUCCCUAACUUCCCUAUCCCCCCGCCAGGCGCUGCGGGCUUCCCGCCUAUGCCUAUGCAUGGUCAGCCCGGCGCAGGUCAGCCCGGCACGAGUCAGCCUGGUAUGGGACCUGGUGGUCCGUCGCCCAUUCCUACUGGCCCCCGUGGCUUGGAAGGGUACCCUCCUCCCCCCGGAGGUGGGAAUUCUGGUAGGAUGGAUCAACAGUGGUGA